AUGCAGCCCAACGGCACCACAAGGCGGCAUAGCCGGGCCACACGUGCUGCGCUGAUUGCGCUCCUGUCAGUUUCACCGGCAAUUGUCACAGCGCAGUCGGAGGAGUGUGUUUCCUUGGAGGGGUCUUCACUUUGCUCCUCGUGGCAGUCAGCAUCAUUCUCCAGAAGCCAAGAUCUCACAAAUGAUUUUCCGUUCUUGGAAUUCGUCACAGACAGAGAGUCCUUCGACAGGGAGUUCUCCCAAUACCUCAAAACGACGUACAUCCGCGACAAGUACCAGCGUCUAUUUGAUUGCAGCGGCAUCGACUUGACGGACAGUCAAGACUGUGCUUCAUUUUUAACAUCAGACCGAGAUCUCUGCCCAGCACCGAACGACAAUCUAGCUCAGCUCAUCCGAGCUGACUUUGUUACCUGCCACCUGCCCGACGACUCAUUGGGCGAAAACUGCAUCAACCCGGCCAACAACGGACCUGACGAGGACAACUGCGGAUUCGGCAAUAGCACCAUUGGUCUUUGCUGGCAUUGCUCAGAGGGCGGCGCCAAUUCGACCGAGACAUGCUGUUAUAAUUCUAAUGCCGAGGAACGAUGUCAAGGUGUCGAGCUUCCCGUCAUCACUUCCACUUUGGUUCUCGAAAGUCCCACGCGGUCCUCGGAACCUGAAAACACCUCAUCAUCGUCCGGAGAAGGUGACAGCGGCAACGGCAAUAGCAGUGGCAAUGAAGACGACGACGACUCUGGUGGUCUCAGCGGUGGAGCUAUCGCAGGUAUCGUCGUUGGUACUCUAGCGGGAAUCGCUCUCAUUGCCGCUGCUCUCUUCUUCUGUAUCCGGCGCUCAAAGCGCAGGGAAGGCAGCCAGCACGGGAGCAUUUUCAACCAGCCCUCGCCGAGCCGCGGAGGCGCCCGUCCCAUGUCGCAGGCACAGGCACAGGAAGCUCCUCAAGGCUACGAGAUCCUUCCCGGAGGCCGCAUUGCGCGAGGAGCAGCAGCAGCCGGCGCUGCCGCUGGCUACAUGGGAGGUCGUCGUAAGGAUAGCAACACACAAUCGUCAUCCGAUGAAUAUGCCGAGUCCGAGCCUCGGACAGGUAUACUUCGUCCUCCGCCGAGCGCCACGCGGAGGAACGGCUCCCUUUCCAGCAAUUCCAUUUUUGGGACGUCUGUGCCGCAGUCACCCGCUAGUCCAGAAGGCUUCUCGUCUCCUCCGGGUGUUAGUAGCCAGCAGUCCGAACAGCUGCCAUUCUUCAAGGAUUACUACUCACAAGACGACAUUCACCCCGGUGACCGCGUGGCUGUCCUAUGGGCUUACCAGCCUCGUGCUACAGACGAGUUCACUCUCGAACGUGGGGACAUGCUCAAGGUCGUCGGUAUCUGGGACGAUGGAUGGGCCACGGGCAUCAUGAUUGAUGAGCGGGCAGACGAUUGGGAUAUCAGGCGCCAGGCUCAGCGUGAUAGCGGCGUGUCCCAUGCGUCCGGCCGUCGCGACAGCUCGCCCUCUGCCAGCGGAGAGAUCAAAGCGUUCCCUCUGGUCUGCGUUUGCAUGCCCGACCACUGGAGGAAGACGAUUGAAGGAGAUGGAUCAACUGAUGUGGGAUCCAAUGCCAACCACCCCCUAUCUGGUCAAAUGUGA